CACACACACACACACACACACACACACACUUUCGCUCUUUCUCAUUUACCUCCAUCAUUACCCACACCCCAGUGACAAAGCGCGUCUUUCGAAAUGAUUACAAAGCUAGACAGCGUGCUUUUACCGCGGAAGAAAUUCAUCUACCAUUACAAGAAUGUGCGCUGGGCAAGGGGUCGGUGUGAGACGUACCUCUGCUUUGUGGUGAAGCGGCGGGUGGGCCCAGACUCCUUGACCUUUGACUUCGGACACCUACGCAAUCGUAAUGGCUGCCAUGUAGAGAUGCUGUUCUUGCGCCAUCUAGGAGCCUUGUGCCCCGGUCUUUGGGGGUGCGGGGGCACAGGGGAGAAAAGGCUCAGCUACUCCAUUACCUGGUUCUGCUCCUGGUCUCCCUGCGCCAACUGCUCGCUGAGACUGGCCCAGUUCCUCAGUCAGACGCCCAACCUUCGCCUCAGGAUCUUCGUGUCGCGCCUCUACUUCUGUGACAUGGAGGACAGCCGCGAGCGGGAGGGUCUGAGGAUGCUGAAGAAGGCCGGGGUGCACAUCACGGUCAUGAGUUACAAAGACUUCUUCUACUGCUGGCAGACCUUUGUGGCUCGCAACCAGAGUAAGUUCAAGGCCUGGGAGGAGCUGCACCGGAACUCCGUUCGCCUCACCAGAAAACUGCACCGCAUCCUUCAGCCCUGCGAAACCGAAGACUUAAGAGACGCCUUCAAGCUUCUUGGACUGUGACACGUACUGCAGCUGUGACCUCCUCUAAUGUUGCCAUUGUUGCUGUUGGUUCAUCACUACAAUGCUAAACUGAGAAUUACAAAAACU